AUGCUGAGUAGGGCGCCCCUGAGAAAGGCGGUUCCUCACGGCCAUCCACCUAGUGCAAUUUGGAGGCUUUGUGCACAUGAAGCAGCGCGUACAACUAGUCUCAUCAUCAACAAAAACUGGCAGAACGGAGAAAACGAGGUGCCGCAGAACUGGUCAGAUGCGCAGCUCGUACUUUUCAAGAAACCAAACACGGGCACCGAAGCAGGGCAUCAUAGACCCAUCGGAUUGCAAGACCAGCUCGGCAAGCUCACCUUCCGUAGCCUACUAUUCCCGUACCAAGACUACAUCUACGGGUUUACUAAACAGUUCCCGCAGUAUGGAUAUACACCUCAGCGAUCGCAUAAGGAUGCACUGCGCAGGGUCUUUGAGCAUUGUCGUCUUGUGCGCAGUGAGUGCCUGAUGCAGAAAUGCACGCUGCGCGACAGAUUCGCGGGCGCGCAGCCGACCAGCCUCGUGCGGGGCGUCCAAGUCACGCUAGAUCUUGCAGGGCGCCUUCGAUGCCAUGCCCAGGGACAAACUUGUCCAAGGCAUGCUGGGCAUGCGCCUGCCGCAUCAGCUUAUUGA